AUGGCGCCAAAAAAUCCUCUCCGAUCCAAAUCGGUAAUUGUGAGGUUACGGUGGAAGCAAACAAGUUUGGAAGUUUUAGAGAUUUAUACAAGGGAACUACCAACAAUGAGUUAUGCUGCUAAUACUGGAAAACAAUCAAUGUUUCUUGAAAAAUGUGUCUCAAAUGGGAAAUACUGUACAUUGCUUUUGAAAUCCAAGUCAACAGAAGGUCCUGGAGAGGUUGUAGCUGCAAUUACGUAUCAAAUUAUCCCUGUCGACAUGCAGUAUGCUGAGAUUCCUCUUGCUGCUGUUAGUGCAGUCUACCAACACAAGGGUCUUGGUCACUUCUUGUACAUGGAAUUGAGGAAGAGACUUCAGAAUGUUGGUGUUCGUACAAUAUACUGUUGGGGCGAUAACGAAUCUGAAGGUUUUUGGGUUAAACAGGGUUUUGCAUCAAUAGCAGAAGUGGGUAACAAAGGUAGAGCUCGCAGGCUGCCUAUUAAGCCCAACAUCCGCAGAGCAUUGUGCUUUCCUGGUGGUUCAACUCUUAUGGUUUCUCAUCUAAACGAGGACAAUUCAGCUACCCCUGAGGUCCCUCUGCAGUUUUGUUUUCCACUAAUGCCUCGUAAUAAUUCUCCAUCACCUGUUUAUAGAUCUUCAGCCUCUGGGUUUAUUGAAGAGGAUUACACUAAUUUAAAGUCAAAAAACCAAGGAACUUCCAGGAUAGAAAAUUCUCAACGUGAAAGAUUUACAAAAGAUGGAUUUUCCGGAGUAGAUGCCAAUUUGAGUGGUCUUCCUCAGAGUACGGAUUGUGGUGAAUUAGCUCCUUUUGAGAGAGGAGAAUGCAGCAAGAUGAUAACUGAUGCAGAAUCAACUAUGGUUAGAGCUGAUGCUGAUGUCAAAUGCAAUUCUAGUUAUUUACAAGGUACUAAGAGGAGGCAUUGGGAAGCCUCAUUCUCAUCAUUGAAGACUAAGAAGGUGAAGGGAAGCCAUCGACCUGAAUAUGGAUCAGAUUCAGAGAGAGUCAAGACUGAUCCAUGUUUCAGGGGAUGCUCGUUGGGAAAUUCAAAAAACAGCUCUUUUGCUGAGGCUACUUCUAUGGAUCCUUUGACUCAUAAUUGCAUGGAAGAAAAUGCAAAAGAAGAUAGAUCAAGUAAUACAACAUCAGAGGCUCUGGUCAGCAAAGAAUUUCAGUCUAAAGGAGAAUGCUUUAAAAUCAUGUUGAUGAAUAUUGCUGAUGCUGAUAAGAAAAUGCAUCUGACAAAGUUGAACUCAUACACAGUUCAUUUGCAUCGACUCAUUACCAAAUGUCUUCUAGAGGAUUUUGUCCUGUCUCCUUUCCCCCCAGCAAAAGCUGGUAAAGUCGAGCAUGCACCAACUAUUGUGUUGGUCCCUGUCAUUUUUCUCCCAGGCAUGACUGGUUAUUUAUUUAGAAUAAUGUCACUGAGGCUGAAGGUAAUUGAAACUCUUGGUGGUGCCGUCACCCCUGAUGGAAGUGUAAGCACCCAUGUUGUCACAGGGAAAGUGAGAAUAACUUUGAAUUUCUGCACCGCUCUCUCUUCAGGAGCUUGGAUAGUUUCAUCAAACUGGUUAAAGGAAAGCUUCCACAAAGGCAGUUUUGUGGAUGAAUUGCCAUAUAUAUUGUGCGAUGAAGAAUAUGUUCUCAAGUACAGAGCUGAGUUAAAAGAUGCUGUUCUCAGAGCGAAAGCAAGACCUCGAGCUCUUCUUAAAGGGUAUAGCAUAUGCAUAGCAAACCAUAUCCAGCCUCCUUUUCAAACUCUAUCUCCCAUUGUUGAGUCUGCCGGUGGGAACGUAAUUUCUGGACUAGAUAAAGUAAAAGAAGCAUCAAAAACCAUCUUUGUUGUCUGUGAAGAAGACAUUGAAGAAGCAUUAUCAGCUGCGAAGAAAGGAAUACGGACUUUCAGCAGUGACUGGUUGAUGAGCUGCAUCAUGAGACAAGAACUGGACCUGGAGGCACAACAAUUUGCAGAGUCCUUGUGA